AUGGCCACUCCGACGUCGGAAACAACGGACCAGUUUGACCAAUUUGAUGAUGAAGAAGGUGACCAGCAAUUAGGAGCAACGGCAUCUGGUAGAAAACGAUUAUUUAGUAAGGAACUGCGCUGUAUGAUGUAUGGAUUUGGUGAUGACCAAAAUCCAUACACAGAAAGUGUUGAUUUUUUAGAAGAUCUUGUUAUAGAAUUUAUUACUGAAACUACUCAUAAAGCAAUGGAAGUUGGCAGACCAGGGAGAGUACAAGUGGAGGAUAUAAUAUUUUUAGUACGCAAAGAUCCUAGAAAGUAUGCUAGAGUUAAAGAUCUCUUGACUAUGAAUGAAGAGCUUAAAAAGGCUAGGAAAGCUUUUGAUGAAGUCAAAUAUGUUGAAGACCAACAA